CUUGUUUCGUCUGUUUGCGUUUGGCCGAUUGUAACAACGGCAGCAGCAUCAGACAAGGCAUAACCUAAUGAUGGAAGAAUUUGAAGAUGGUGAAGCUCUUCCUGCUGAGGAUCUCGUUCAAUGUAACACCUGCAAAAGAUGUUUCUUCCCUAAAGUCCUGGAGAAGCAUGCUAAAAUCUGCCAAAAGUCAGCAUCUAAAAGGAGAAAGGUUUUUGACUCCAGCAGGCAGAGAGCUGAGGGAACAGACAUCCCCACACUGAAACCUAUCAAACCAAAGUCACAAAGUUCAGCAGCUGCUGAGAAAGCAGAACCCCCGAAAAAGCCAUCCAACUGGCGCAAGAAACAUGAGGACUUCAUUGCUACCAUCCGGGCUGCCAAGUCCCUCACUCAGGUCAUGAAGGAUGGGGGACCGUUACCCCCACCUCCUCCUCCUACUUAUGACCCGGACUACAUCCAGUGUCCUUACUGUCAGCGGAGGUUCAAUGAGAGUGCAGCUGACAGACACAUCAAGUUCUGCCAGGAGCAGGCUGCCCGCAUGCCCAACAAAGGCAAGUUAGGAGAUGCCAAGAAGCCUCCUGGUCGCACACAGUAUAAGCCUCCUGGUCCUGUAAAGAAGGCCAACUCUCCCGCUGUGUCAACCAUCCCUUCAGCCUCCUCUCGUUUACCCCAGAGAUCAGGCAUUGGACAGCCCACUGGAAUCCCUUCUAGUAAGGUCUCCUCCGCAGGUUCAGUGAGGAGUAAUCCCUCUGGCCUCACCAGCCCACCAUCAGGUGUGGGAAGUAAGGCCCGAGCAGUGAGCUCUGGCUAUGGCUCAGUGAGAAACGCUCAGUCUGGAGUAGGAUUCAACAAGAAGAAAGUAGACACCUACAUAUCAAGGAAUGAUGUUGAUGGCGGGAAUGAAGUUGGCAAUGGUGGAAUGAAAAGCAAAUUCUGUCACGCUUGUGGGACCAAGUACCCCAUUGAAUCCGCCAAAUUCUGCUGCGAGUGUGGGGUCAGGAGGAUGUGUAUCUGACCGAAGUCCGGAAAACAACAAAGUAGAGGAGCAUAGGGAUGCACCGGUACUCAAGCUAGCUUCAGAGUUUCACCAAAGCUAAGAAGAAUUUUUUAAAAAACCAUGUCUGUCUUAAUUUUCACGUGGGACUAGUUUCCUGGUAGUAAAGUGGUUUAUUUAUCCGACAACCAUAAGGUACUGAGUUUCCUUUUAUAAUUGGAGAUUAGUCUUUAUUCAGGAUAGGGGUAAGCACUGAUGAGUAUUAUCAUAUUUUCAUACAGUGCUGAUGAAGAAUUCUUAAUAAUGCAAACAUACAAAUAUAAUUACCAUAACCUAAAAUAUGGUGCAUUUGGCUACUAAACACUGAACAAUCUCAGUGGUGAACUGAUGUGGUCUAAAAUUUAACUGAAAAUGUAAAGGUUCAUGAUAUCAGUGCUUUUUAUUGACUGAUUAAUAAACAAUCCAUGCAGUUUUGAUUAGCUUUCCUCUCAAUGCUGGAUUUUCUCUCAACAUCGCUGCUUUUUCCGACACCUUCUAUACAUGAACAUUACUGCCGUGAAACUAGAGGCCGUAGAGGGUUUGAGAAUUUCUAAUGACAGAAUGAAGCAGGGGAUGAUGCAGUCUGAACAAUAAUCAAUACUUAUGGAGGAGACUCGGUAUCAGCAUUUAGCAGAUAUUGGUGCAUUUUUAGAAGAGAGUAGAGGGCAGAUGAGUAGAUAAAGACUAAGAAGUGGAUUGUUAAAUGUGAAAUAGGAGGUAAAGGAAAAGUGUUGGGUUACUCAUUAGAGGUGAUUUUGAUUGCCCCUGUAUCUCAGUCCCCGGUCAACCUUGAACUGAAAUGCAUUCCUUAAUCCACUCUGCCUCCGCUUCCUCUCAAGCAGACUAUGUUCCUUUUAAAGUGCAAUAUGAUUGACUACUGAAGAAAGCAAUGUGGUUUUCUAAAGAAAAUGUAUUCAAAUUUUUGUCUUUUCACCUUGUUUUGAUACAGACCUUUCCAAAAAAAGUCAUUAGCUGUUCAAGGUCUUUGCUCCCUUUAAGGUCACUUUGCAGCAGAACUUCUUAUAAUGAUACCAAUACAGACACAUGUAGCAUUUGCUCAGUCUCUUUUAUUUCCUCUCGUUUUAUACAGUUAUUUAUUUUCUUAUUCCCUUUUGUUUUUACUGAAUGAACAAUGACUGCAUCUUUUGUUUAAUGCUCAACAAAAAUAUGUUUUUAUUUGGAUUUGUAUGAGAUUUAAAGGCACCUGGAUGUGUUGCAGUUGCUUUAUUCUUUACAGUGUUUCUCCUGAGUCAGUAUUCAGUGCACUAAGGCACUUAGGAUCAAAAGUACAGUAACACUACUGCCGAUUUAAAUGACUUGUAGGCCUUUGGUUUAUGUCUCUGCUUAGUCCAACACACUAUAACCCCACAGAGUUCAUUCACAGGUGGGGCACUGAGAGAGAAACUCCUCUCCCUGAGGUGCAUUGGUAAUUUAAACCAUUUAACUGCAAUUAACUACGAUACUCCAGGAAUGACACUCCUUUAGCAAAUAAGGCAUUUGUUCCAGUAAAUAAACUAUACUGUAUUUAUGUUACAUGACAAGAAAUGUUGACUGGAUGGCUAUAUUUUCCUGUACUGAUUACAGUGGUUGUUGCCUGGGUAUGGUUGUGCACUAAUGCCAUGUAUAUCCACCAUCAAUAAACUUCUAUGAAGACA